AUGUCAUCUUCACGUUCAAACUCGCCAUAUGAUACAGAUAGGCAUAGGGGAAGCUAUGAUUGGGAGGAUGGUGAUAGAAGAAGAGCUGCAGAUACUGAGGGGCGUAGAGAUCACGACUACGAUAAUGAAAGAACGAGGAGGCGUGAAUACUAUGGGGGAAGGGAUAGAAAAAGGGAUUUCAAAAGAGGUUCAGUAGAGAACUCAAGGAAUGGAAGGUACAAAGAUGAUGAGAAUACCGAUAAAAGCAAAAAUGAUGAUCAAAAUAACUCUCAAUGGGAACGCGAAAAAGAAAGAGAUAGAGAGAGAGAAAGGGAUAGAGAUAGGGAUAGAGAUAGGGAUAGAGAUAGGGAUAGAGAUAGGGAUAGAGAUAGGGAUAGAGAUAGGGAAAGAGAUAGAGACAGAGAUAGGGAAAGAGAUAGAGACAGAGAGAAAGAUAGAGAAAGAGACAGAGAUAGGGAUAAGGAGCGAGAUAGGUGCAAAGAACGAACUAGAGACAGAGGAUACUUGGAAAAGAAGAGAACAAGAGGUUAUCGAUCGAAAAGGAGGUCAUCUUCCGUAUCAUCUGAUAAUUCGGAUUUACCUCCAAGAAGGUAUAGGGAAGGCAGGAUUCGGCAUAACAGGAGACGCAGAAGAAGCGUUUCUAGUUCUAGGUCGUCAAACGAAAUAAGUAGCUCUUCGGAAUAUGAAAGGCGUGACAGAAAUUAUGAGAGGAGCCGCGGUAGAGAAAGAGAUUAUUACAAAAGAAACCGAAAAAACUAUUUUUCUGAUGAAUCCUCUCCUGAAAGGACCUACAGGCACAGAGAAAUUAAGUAUAAUAAAAGGCAAAAAAACUAUUAUUCUGAAUCGGAAUCUAGUUCUGAUUCAGAAAUAGAUAGAUCUAGGCAUAAAAGACGCCAUGAGUCUGAGGAUUAUGAUUGGAAGGAUAGAUCGAAAGACUUCUCUGUUGAUAGCCAAAAAGAGGAAAACCAUUCAUCUAAGAAGUGGAAACCAAUUUCUAGUAACUCAGUUGAGAAGGAAGGAGUCAGUUACUCUUCAAAGCAUAAUACGGAUACAGCCAGAAGUGGUGCUGAUGCAGAACUGAAUACUCAUUCAAAUUUUGAAGAGACCAUUCCAGAAAACUCCACAUGUGUGACUUUAUGUGAGAGGUUAAUGGAUAUUAGAAAUAUGAGUGAAUCUCAAAGAUGUAAUAAAUCAAUUGCCAAGCUUCUAGAUUUGAUUCUUGACAGCGGGGAAGAGUUUUUGGCCGAAGAUACCGCUGGGAGAGAACUUACUAAACAACAAUUUAUUACGUGGUUCGUAAUUAAUCAGCAAAAUGGACCCUCUAUUGCUGACUCUGAAGUUGUUUCUUCCAAAAUGGAAGAUAGAAGACAGAGAUUCACCAGGGUUAACAAAAGACUGUUUACUGAGAUCUCAUCUUCCGAAUCAUACUCACUAGAUUUUGAGGAAUUAAGAGAUAAGGAAUCUGAUGAAACUAUCAGUACUCAAGUCGUCCUUUAUGGAUGCAAAAAAGGAAAGUUAGUACGAGUUUACGUAAUUAAAGACAAGGACGAUCUUACAAUGAAGGAUAACAUAUCUCUUAAUAAGUUAAAGAGUUACAAAAUUUUCGCUGUUUUUCUUAGGUAUUUACAAAAGAAAGGAAUCAAAUAUCCACGUAAUAAAAACUAUGGAAGUGAUGAAGACCAUGAUCCAUAUUUUGAUGGGGUCUUUCACUACUAUGAUUUUAUCAAUAAUCCAAAUAUAUUAGAAUAA